UUUCAGGAACAGAAUGUAUUGUAACACCGGGACCAUUUUUGAUACACCUUAUUUACAUAAAUAAGAGUAAACGAGGAGCAGCUCUUCAUCUAUGGGGAGGGAGCACUGCCUCUAAAAUGAGUCUGAAUGAGGUGAUGGAGCAGAGCGACACUGCAGCCUCUCCAGAACCCAGCUGUGUGUCUAUGAAGAGUAACAGAUCUUUACCAAUUCCUCCUGAUCUCAGUGAUAAAGCAGUGACCUCAGACCUCAGACUGAAGAUCCAUAAAGCAGCCUCUACAGAACCCAGCUGUGUGUCUAUGAAGAGUAACAGAUCUUUACCCAAUCCUCCUGAUCUCAGUGAUGAAACGGUGACCUCUGACCCCAGCAGUGAGAGGGAGGAUCUGAUCCAGGUUCAGUCCAGAUGUGGAGUCUGUGAGCAGGUUCUGAGAGAUCUGGUCUCUAUCACCUGUGGACACAGUUUCUGCAGACACUGCAUCAGUUUCUACUGGGAUCAGUUUAGACAAUCAAAAGACUUUGACUGUCCUCAGUGCAGAAAGAGAUCCAGAACACGUCCUGUUCUACAGGCACACAGAGUCAUGACAGGAUCCAUUUCUGCUGGUUUUGUUCCCUAUUACUCAACAGCAGCCCCACUGAAGGAGACUGGAGUCCUGCAAAAACGAGAGAAUGAUGAACUACAGAGAAUCAAAGAUCAACACAAAAUCAGCAUGAAGAACAAGUAUGAGAGAUUUGAGGGAAUCAGUCUGCAAGACAAUGAAACCCUGCUGAACAGGAUCUACAUACAGCUCUACAUCAUAGAGGGAGAGAGGGAAGGAGUGAAUCAAGAACAUGAGGUUUUACAGAUGGAGAAAACAGACAGAACACAACACUCACAAGAUGCUCCAAUCUACUGCAAUGACAUCUUUAAAGCCUCACCUGAACCAGGAUCUGGUGAGAAAGACCAAAUCAAGACUGUUCUUACUAAAGGCAUCGCUGGAAUCGGAAAAACCGUCUCUGUGCAGAAGUUCAUUCUGGACUGGGCCGAGGGAAAAGCCAAUCAGGACGUAGAUUUUAUGUUUGUGCUUCCAUUUCGAGAGCUGAACUUGAUCCGAGAUCAUCAGUACAGUCUUCACAGACUUCUGCUGGACUUUCAUCCUGAACUUCAAGAUCUGGACUCAAAGAUUUAUGAGGAGUGUAAAGUUGUGUUCAUCUUUGAUGGUCUAGAUGAAAGCAGAAUCACACUGAUGUUUUCAGACGCUCAGAAAAUUUCUGAUGUGAUUGAGACUUCAUCAGUUGGUGUAUUGAUGUCAAACCUCAUGAAAGGAGAGCUGCUUCCCUCUGCUCUCAUCUGGAUCACCUCAAGACCAGCAGCAGCCAAUCAGAUCCCCUCCAAAUACAUCAACCGUCUGACAGAAAUUCAGGGAUUCAAUGAACCUCAGAAAGAGGAAUAUUUCAGGAAGAGAGUCAGUGAUGAGCAUCAAGCCAGCAAAAUCAUUGCACACAUCAGAAGAGCAAGAAGCCUCCACAUCAUGUGCCACAUACCCGUCUUCUGCUGGAUCUCAUCCACUGUGCUUCAAAAGCUUCUUAAAGAAGAUCUGAGUGCAGAAGUCCCUCAAACUCUGACUGAAAUGUACGUCCACUUCCUGCUGAUUCAGAUCAACAUGAGGAAUCAGAAGUAUGAAGAGAGAGAUCCAGAGAAACUCCUGCAGUCCAACAGAGAAGUGAUUGUGAAACUUGCUGAAGUAGCUUUCAGACAGCUGAUGAAGGGCAAUGUGAUGUUCUAUGAGGAGGACCUGAGAGAGAGCGGCAUAGAUGUCUCUGACGCCUCAAUGUAUUCUGGGAUUUGCACUGAGAUAUUUAAGGAGGAAUCUGUGAUUCAUCAUAGGAAAGUUUACAGCUUCAUUCAUCUCAGCGUCCAAGAGUUUCUUGCUGCUUUCCAUGUGUUUUAUUACCACAGAUGCAUAAAUACAGAAGCAUGUUUAGAUUCACUGCAUAAUCUGCAAAAAAGAGCAGUAGAUAAUGCCCUUGAGAGUAAGAAUGGACAGCUGGAUCUGUUCCUGCGGUUCCUGCUGGGUGUUUCACUGGAGUCCAAUCAGAGACUCUUACAGGAUCUACUGACAUACACAGAGAACAACUCAGAGAGCAUCAGGAGAACCACACAAUACAUUAAAGAGAAGAUCAAAGAUGGACAUGGACUCUCCACUGAAAGAUCCAUCAAUCUGUUCCUCUGUCUGCUGGAAGUCAAAGAUCAGACUCUGUCCAGAGAGAUUCAGGAGUUUGUGAAAUCAGACAAACACUCAGAGAAGAAACUCUCUCCUGCUCACUGCUCAACAAUCGCCUACAUGCUUCAGAUGUCAGAGGAGGUGCUGGAGGAGCUGGACCUCAAGAAAUACAACACAUCAGAUGAGGGUAGAAGAAGACUGAUUCCAGCUGUGAUCAACUGCAGAAAAGCUCUUUUUGCUGGCUGUAACUUCACUGGUCAGUGCUUAGAAAUUGUGUCAUCAGCUCUUCAAUCCUCAAACUCUGUCCUGAGAGAGCUGGAUCUGAGUAACAAUGACCUGCAGGAUUCAGGAGUGAAGCUGAUUUCUGAUGGUCUGAAGAGUCCAAACUGUCAGCUGGAGAUACUGAGGUUGUCUGGCUGUAUGGUGACAAAGGAAGGCUGUGGUUAUGUGUCUUCUGUUCUGAGUUCAAACCCCUCACACCUGAGAGAGCUAGAUCUGAGCUACAAUCACCCAGCAGAUUCAGGAGUCAAGCUGCUCUCUGACAAAUUGAAGGAUCCAAACUACAAACUGCAGAUACUGAAUUUGGAUCAUGGAGGGACCUUCAGGAUCAAACCAGGACUACGAAAAUAUGCCUGUGAUCUCACACUGGAUCCAAACACAGCAAACACUCAACUCAUCCUGUCUGAGGGGAACAGAAAGAUUGCAUAUGUAAAAGAUCAUCAGCCGUAUCCUGAUCAUCCAGAGAGAUUUGCUGAUAAUCCUCAGGUUCUGUGUCAAGAGAGUCUGACUGGACGCUGUUACUGGGAGGUUGAAUGGGGCUCCAGGGAUGAUAAACAGGGCUCUUGGGCUCGUAUAGCAGUGGCCUAUAAAGGAAUCAGUAGAAAAGAAGGGACUGUCUGUAAGUUUGGAUACAACAACAAAUCAUGGUGUCUUUUCUGCAGUGGUAAAGGAUUUGCUGUCUGGCACAAUAAUGUCACUGAUAGUGUAACUGGCCUUUCAUCCUCUGAUAGAGUAGGAGUGUAUGUGGACGUGUCGGCCGGCACUCUGUCCUUCUACAGCGUCUGACACACACACACACUCACACACAUACACACAUUCAACACCACAUUCACUGAACCCCUCUAUGCUGGAUUUAAGGUUUUUGAGUCCAAACUGACUCUGUGUCAGAUGACAGAUGCCAGUUGAAUGAGUUCUUCCAGAUGUAACAUUUAUGCAGCUUGUUUACUGUAAAUCUGAUAAUGAGCAACGAGUGUCCCAUAUCUAUCCAUACUGUAAAGUCUGACACAACCCAUUUCAGUCUGUUUGUACUGUCAGUUUGCUCAUUAACUAAUGAGCUGUAGCUGGGAUUCAAUUCAUUUGUUGAGUUCUUUUAACAAUACAUUUUUCCUUCACUCAGAAUAGAUUAUUUUUUUUUAUGAUUUGUUCUUUAUUGAUUUUCUUAUUUGCAAUAAAGAAAUAAUAUAAA